UGAUGGUGCGAGCAGACUUCUUCGUUCUGCUGUUCUUAACCCAUGUGAGCGUCGUGUGGGGUUUCGCUCGUCUUAUGGAUGACGUGGAACUGCGAUCGGCGUUCUCGGUGGCACGCACCAGCAGCAUGGAGGGCGGGCCCAAGAUGACGGUGACCUUCGACACCGUGUAUAUCAACAUCGGAGGAGACUUCGAGCCCAAGAGCGGUGUGUUCCGCUGUCGGAUCCCCGGAGCUUAUUACUUCUCCUUCACCGUGGGGAAGUUUCCGCACAAAGACCUGUCCGUGAUGUUGAUGAAGAACAGGAACGAGGUGCAGGCCAUCGUAUACGAGGAGAACGCCGGAGAGGAGAGGAAGGUGCAGAGUCAGAGCGUGAUGCUGCAGCUGGAGUUCGGCGACACCGUGUGGCUCCGCCUCCACGGCGACCCUCGCUACGCCCUCUACAGUAACACGGGACACUACACCACAUUCAACGGUUACCUGAUCUACCCUGACACCUACGGGUACCAGACGCACCGCCAGAGCCCCGCCCACACUUCCCAGCAGCCCCUGCAGGAUCGUGUCAGACCCACGACCAUGACCACGGACCAGGACCGGGACGACGAGGACGACGACGAAGACGAUGACCAGCGGUCCGCGUUCUCGGUGGGACGGACCCAGAGCAUAGUGGGCGUGGAUCAGAUGGGGAUGCCGCAGCACCAGCCCGUCGGCUUUGACACAUCGUUCGUUAAUAUCGGCGAGGACUUCAACGUGACAGAGGGCGUGUUCUCCUGCCGCAUCCCCGGCGUCUACUACUUCUCCUUUAACGUGGGGAAGCUGCCCCAGAAGACGCUGUCGGUGAAGCUGAUGAAGAACCACCUGGAGGUGCAGGCCAUGAUCUACGACGACAGCCAGGGCGAGAAGGCGCUGCAGAGCCAGAGCCUGAUGCUGGCGCUCAAACCCGGAGACACCGUCUGGUUGUACUCGCACCAGAAGGACGGCUUCGGCGCCUACAGCAACCACGCCAAGUACAUCACCUUCACCGGGUUCCUGGUCUACCCCAACCUGCCCUCCGACGACGCCGGACAGGCCGACAAGAAACCGUAGCUGCGGAGCAGGGUUAGGGCGGGGCCAGAGAAGGGUUAGGGCAGAGCCAGAGCAGGGUUAGGGUGGAGCCGGAACAGGGUUAGGGCGGAGUCGGAGCAACUCGUGAAGGAUUAAAAGUUGCAGCUUGACCUUUCCUCUUCCAAAAAAACCUCCAACAACAUCACAAAGAUUCAGCAAAAAGGAGAAACAGCGCAAAGGCUGAGGUUGAUCUGACAGCUCA